UGGCCACGAGCCUUGGCUUCUGGGUUCCGCCAUGGCUGUGUCACCCAGCGCGGUUCGCCUGCAGCGCUGUGUGGUGUCGCCCGCCGGGAGACACAGUGCCUCGCUGAUCUUCCUGCACGGCUCAGGUCAUUCUGGCCAAGGACUGAGAGAGUGGAUCAAGACAGUGCUAAACCAAGACUUAACAUUCCAGCACAUAAAGAUUAUUUAUCCAACGGCUCCCUCCAGGCCAUAUACGCCAAUGAAGGGUGGGCUUUCCAAUGUGUGGUUUGACAGAUUUAAAAUCUCUACUGACUGCCCAGAACACCUUGAGUCCAUUGAUGGAAUGCGCCAAAUUCUCACCGAAUUGAUUGAUGACGAAGUAAAAAGUGGCAUCCAGAAGAGCAGGAUACUAAUAGGGGGAUUUUCCAUGGGAGGCUGCAUGGCGAUGCAUUUAGCAUACAGAAAUCACCGAGAUGUGGCAGGAGUAUUUGCUCUUUCUAGUUUCCUGAAUAAAGACUCUGCUAUUUACAAGGAUCUCCUGCAAGCUGAGGGCGCGCUCCCCGAGCUGUUUCAGUGCCACGGCACAGCAGAUGAGCUGGUUCUUCAUUCUUGGGGCGAGGAGACAAACUCAAAGCUGAAAUCGCUUGGAGUGAACACGGUCUUCCACAGUCUUCCAAAUCUUUACCAUGACCUGAACAGAACUGAGCUGGAGAGGCUAAAGUCGUGGAUUCUUAGGAAACUGCCAGGAGAGACUGAUGGGCAGAACAAAUGAAUCCUCGCCGUCAUAUUGAUUAUUUUCUUACAUUUAAGAAUAUUUCCUUAUUUGAUCCCCACAAAAAUUAAGGUUUGUGAAACAUCCAGCACUCCCAUAUUAUGUGAAUGGAAUUUAUGAUAUCUGUCUGUUUUCUUUCAACAAAAUUGCCCCAAGAAUUACCCCGUUGUAAAUGUCAACUGUAUUUGGUGGCUGCACAGAUGCCUUUUAUGGACACACUGCACUUUGCUUGUCCAUUCACUGCAGCUUUGGGUCACUUCCUGUGUGGGGCUGUUGUGAGCAUCCGUCCUCACAGUGGCGAGGCUAGGCAGUGUAUUGCAAUGUGACCUGAACCUGUAUGGCUGUUUCUCAGUGUAUUGUUACCAUUUUCCAUUCCAGUCAGUAGGGUGGCUUCUGAUGCCCAGUUCUUCACCAUAAUUCCAAUUUGGCCAUUCUAGUGGCUGUGUGGUAUUUGGUUUCCAAAGUGUUUGACCUGUAAGGCAUGGUCGAUUUCCAUUUUCUUGGUGAUACAGUGUCCUACACUGGAGGAUUUUCCCACAUUUUGUGAAUAAUCAGUUUGUCCUCCCCAGUUUGUUUCUAGAUUCUUUAUGAAAAGUGAUUUACUGUUAAAUUAUAAGAACAAAAUAUGAAUAAAUUUACUUAUUAAAAUGUCUAGUUCCAUAAAAGGAACAUAUUAGA